ACUGCUGUUCAGAACUUGCCGCCUAAAUGUUUUUGUUGACGAAGAGAAAUAAUGUCAAACGAGGAGAAUGAAUUGUUUAUGGUCAAGCAGGCGCAGAGCUUUCGAAAGAGCGAUCCGGAUGCGGCCAAGGCAUGGAUCAUGACGGCCAAGGUGCUGUAUCCCACAGCGUUCAAUGUGCAGUACGAGGCGUACCUUUUCGAGCGCGAUGGCAAGAACUACGAGGAGGCGGCCAAGUGUUUCAGUGUUAUUGCCACCAAUUUCCCAAAUCGGCAUGCAGAGCUGUGGCAAGAGAUAAACGCCCUGACCAAUGCCCUGCGAACCGAGAACGAGAAUACGCCGGAGCAGGAGUUCUUCGUGAAGAUGUACAAGCACUUGACGGACGAUGUGCAGCACAACAUAUUCAUGCACACCAUCAACCACUGCGGCGACGAUCUGGAGCAGUGCAUCUGCAUUUAUAUUUUGAUGUUUAAGAAAUUCCCAAAAUCGGUCACAACACACGCGCCGCGUUUGCUCGAGCUGCUGGCCGAGGGCAUGACCACGGAUCCGGAUGUGUAUCAGCGCAUACUGGUGGAGGAUGUGCUGCCAAUGAUACAGCACAAGCCGCCAGAGCUGCCGCCAGUGCUGGCCUGCAGGCUGUACACCAACUCUCUGGAGUAUUAUCUGCGGCAGAUAAUGGAUUCGGAGACGGAACCUGCGGACCCCUGGAAGACCAUAUUCAAAGUCCUUAUGCUCUGUGGACAGAUGAUGGGCUGGGAGCCGUUUCUGCCCUUUAGCAAGCAGGGCAGCCAGAACGUCUACUGGGAGAAGCUGGUGGACAUUCUCUCCGCCAGUCCACCGGGCAGCUCGAAGGUUCUCUUUUAUGCCACGACGCUGUUCAUCUACUCUCUGUACGGCUACAUACGCAACUGCAGGUUGCGCAUCGAUGAUGCGGAUGUCAGUCAUGUGCUGGUCGAGGGCUUCAUUGAGUGGGCGCCCGAUGGCGAUGGAGCCGAGGAUCAGAGCAUGGAGCCGCCCAAGUUCUCGCUAACGACGCCCAACAGUCCGGACCUCUCGAAUGCCUUUCUGCACGCAGCCCAGUGCUGGCAGCUGCUCAACACGGAUCAGUUUCAGCGUGAUUUCAGCCAGCUGAUGGUGGCCCUACCGCUGGCUCCAUGGAUAUCACGUUUCCUCUUCGAUCUGGCCAUUUACUUCGGCCAUCGCGACGAGGCCAAUAAGCUGAUGGGAGAAAUGACGACGCAGAGCAGCCUGGUGAAGAGUCUGCAGAUACUCAGUCUCAAUCUGAUGCAGGGCAGCAUGACGCUACAGGGCUUUCAGUGCAUUUUGACAAUCAUUGGUGAGCUGCCCGCCACAAAUGGUCAUCUGCUGGAGAACAUGACGUUGAAGGGACAUCGCCACAUGGUCUUCCUUCCGCUCACGCGUGCCGCACUCGUUCAGUAUUGCACGGGCGCCAUCGUUAGUCGCAUCAGUCGACAGGUUUAUGAGCCCAACUGCUCGGAUCGUCUGCUUGGGGAUCUGCUGGUGCUGCAGCAGUUGAAUCUGCUCAACGACACGCGACUCACGCAGCAAAUCUUCUCAGUGAUUAAGCAGCGCAAGUCCUUCAAUCUGCGCACGCUCUCCACCUACAUCAUAAACAUAGAUUUGAUUGAGGAGCUCUCGCACAUUUGGAACUCACAGCUGGAGGACUCCAACUUCGAGCUAACUGGCUCACCCACAGGCGUAUCGAGCACAGCCAGCGGAGCUGCUGGUGUUCCGCCACGUCGCAUUGGCACGCGCGGUGCAGACAAGGGCGCCCGGGACGAGUUUAAGACGAUAACAAGGCAACAAAUUGCGCGCUGCAAUGAGAAUAUUAUCACAUUGCUGGCAAACUUUAUCAGCCAAGAGCAGCUGAUGCUGGCACAGCACAUCUUUGGCAUACAGCCCGUGGAGACCAUCGAAAUAAAGUGAUCCAGGGCAGGUCGUUAGAAGUAAUAAGGAAAUAAAUGUGGUAUAUAGAAUA